AUGGGGCGCGGAGCGCCCCGGGGGGCGCCGCACGGAGGCCUCGCCAGGGUGCUGAGAUCGUGGCGGACUGCUCGGGGAGCCUCUCGAGACUGCGACGUCGGGCGCAUCUGCACCGAGACGGCGGUGGCGGUCCAGGACGUCUGCGAGGAGAGCACAGGCCGCAGGCCCGAGGUGCUGGUGCAGACGUACUCGGCCGUGGGCACAGACUGCGGGGCGCCGAAGAUGGCGUUCAUCCCCCGGUUCCUGCGGUACAUCGUGGGCGAGGUCCUCAAGAACAGCUGCCGCGCCACGGUGGAGAACUCGCCGCCGGGCCUGGAUCUGCAGACGCGGCCCAUCAAGGUCAUCGUGUGCGCGGACGAGGAGCACGUCGCGCUGCGGUUCACCGACAGGGCCGGCGGCAUACCGUUCCACGUCGGCUCGCGCGUGUGGUCGUACCUGUACAGCACCGCGCGGCGGGACAACAAGGCGCCCACGCAGCUCGCGGGCUACGGCGUGGGCCUCCCGAUGUCCCGGCUCUACGCGCGCUACCUGGGAGGCUCUCUCGACCUGCGGUCCUGGCCGGGCUACGGCACGGACGCCUACCUCGUGCUGCCGCGGAUCUCCUCCAAGCAGCUG